GUGAUACGGAAACGAAAGAUCUAGAUCUAUAGAUAUCAAUGGUUCAAACAUGGUUCAAACAAGUGCACACUUCGAUUAAUUUUUGACAUAUCUAGGAAUUCUAGAUCUACGUUAGAGUUAGAGUGUAGGCAUCUAGAUCUUAGACUCUUAGUGGUGGCUGUAUAAUUGAUAUAUACACUUAUGUUUGGAACUAAACAAAAUGUGCAGAUGGUACGCAAGGAUUUUGGCUCACUAUCCCUAUAUCAUAAUACUAGUGGUGUUAACAGUUGUCACAACCUGCCUUGUCUUGACUAUCACCCUGGGAAGUAGGAUUGACUUUGAUGAUCCUAUAGCAGGUUUUGAGCCUAGAGGAACUGAGCUAGCAGAUCGUUUAGUAACUUUUGCUAAUUUACGACAGAAUGUUGGAAACCAAACUAACCUUUUACCAGAGUCUAAAGUGACAGACAAUAGACCUUCAUCAACUGUCAAGAAAAAGCCUAAGCGAACAUCUUUUAAUAAUAAUACUGACAAGAAGCACACAAGAUGGAGGUCAAAUAUGCACAAUAAGACCAAUGCAAACAUCUUCUGUGGAGUACCAGAUAAAAGUUACCCUCGCCUAGUAGUUGAAUCAACUCAUGGCAGAAGUUUAUUCAACUUUGAAGACAUCCAAGCCAUUUGUGAGAUGGAAUCCCAUUACUUUUUGCACUAUGAGUCCUAUGAAGACUUGUGUUUUCCAAAUCCAGUUGAUGGCUUUUGUUGCACAGCUUGGACUCUGGGAAGCUACAUUGCUGUCCUGAGUGACAGGGCCUCCUGUGAGCAUAUAACAGCUGAAGACGUGGCUUCUGUUCAGAGCUUAAUGCUGGAAUGUGCUCCAUUUUUCCACAGUGGUACAUUGAAGAUAAACUGUGAUAACGAGCAGGAGGAAUGGUACUUUGAUACUAAUUACCCACCAUCAGCGUGCAGCGAUGUCCCCCUUAAGUGCACUAAAUACAAUGCUGUGGCUCACAUCUUUUAUUAUCUCACAGAUUCAGACUUUAUGCACACAAGGACACCGCCACUUUCGUCUAAUAAGCCAAUGAGCUUUCUGAAAUAUUCCACCUUAUUUCUACCAGUUUCAUCAGGGGAAAGUGCUUUGGAUCUUUUUAAGGAAUUGGAUAGCAUGCCCAGGGAUUAUAAAACCAUAAAGAUUGUAGCUGCAGAAUUCAAUGUCAAGUAUUUGUUGUUUGAAGAGUAUUUGAUUUCUGACUCCAUGUGGCUGAGUGGGGCUUGUGCUGCCAUAUUCAUAGUGAUGUGGCUUUACACUUCAUCUGUUUUCAUUACAAUAAUGGCCUUUCUUUCCUUGUUCUGGGCUGUGGAUAUAGCUUAUUGCCUGUACACUUUUGUCUUCAACAUCAAAUUUUUUCCUUACAUGAACAUGGUGACCUUGGUGGUCCUGGUUGGAAUAGGAGCAGAUGAUCUGUUCAUCUAUUGCAAGGUGUGGCGGUUGGCCAAAUCUGAAAAAAACAAUGGAGUCUUGGAGAAGCUUGUCCUGGAUACACUUCGACAUGCAGUCAUGUCAAUGCUAGUCACCAGCCUCACCACAGCGUCAGCAUUUUAUGCCAACUACAUCAGUGACAUCACAGCCAUUCGUUGCUUUAGUGUGUUUGCAGGCACCUGUAUUGUGAUGAAUUUUGUUUUGACACUAACAUGGCUGCCAGCGUCUAUAAUGCUUGAAGAGAAAUGGCUGCGAUGCUUCACGAAUAUGAACAAUAAAAAGUAUUCUAUAUUGUAUUGUUUAUGCAAGUUUCCCUAUAGACUUUACUAUUGGAUAUGUGAUUGGUCUAGAAUAUUCUUUGAGAAAAUACUUCCGUGCCUUGUUAUCAAGUUUCGCUUUGUGUGGUUAAUAAUGUUUUCAAUUUUUUGGAUUGGUAGUAUUGUGAUAAUAUUUUUUUAUCCUCGACUAAAACUCCCAACCUCUGACAAAUUUCAAGUCUUUUCUUCUGACCAUUUACUAGAACGCUAUGACCUACAGGUUGGCAAACAGUUUCGUUUUGAGUCGAACAAAAACAAUGAGGACCGACAACAAUUUUUUGUAAGUGUGGUAUGGGGAGUUUUGGCUAAAGAUAAUGGUGAUCCAUUGAAUCCUAGCAACAAAGGUUCCCUCACCUUUGAUCCGGAGUUCAACAUUACAUCCCCAGAGGCCCAGAAGUGGAUUUUACAGUUUUGUGCUCGGAUUCGUCACACAGAUUUUUACUUACACAUGUCCUCUUACACUGAUUGUUUCUUUGAAAGAUUUUUCAAAGAGUUUAUGGCCCAGGACUGUAGUAAUUUACAGGUUGGAGAUGUUGAAUGCUGUAACAGGACUGGAUUUCCCAUACCUGCUGAUAAACUGAUGGAUUGCUUGUCUGUUUAUAUUUCUUUACUGCAACAUACUCCAGGUGUUCAAUACAAUAACCAUUCCCCUGGACCCCGAUUCAGCAACAGGAAAAUUAGUGCAUACUUUGUCCAGUUGGCCAGUAAUUAUUCUUACAGUACAUCAUAUGAAGAAGCACACACGUUUUAUUCAAAGGUCAAUCAGUGGGUCAACAAUGAGUUGCUCUAUGCUCCGCCUGGGAUGAGAAGAGGGUGGUUUGUAAGUGACCUUCAUUUUUAUGACCUGCAGUCAUCACUGGCUAUGGGAACACCCCUGACUCUUGGAUUAUCCUUGUCCAUUGUGGCAGUUGUUUCCUUUUUUACUACCCUCAAUGUCCUAAUCAGCAUCUAUGCCUUUAUGGCAGUUGCUGCAUCCAUCUCUGUCACUCUGGCAUCUCUGGUACUGAUGGACUGGGAGCUUAAUCUUCUAGAGUCUGUUAUCAUAACUAUCGCUGUGGGCUUGGCAAUUGAUAUCACCUUACAUUAUGGAGUUGCGUAUAGGCUGGCUCCAGAUAUAGGCAAAGAAAUGAGGGUCAUUACUUCAGUAGGCCGCAUGGGCAGUCCAGUAGCUAUGGCUACGUUUACCACUAUGUUAGCUGGGGCUUUAAUCAUGCCAUCAACAGUGCUGGCUUACCAGAAGUUUGGAACAUUUCUGCUUCUGUUGGUCAGUCUUGCGUGGCUAUAUGCAACAUUCUUUUUUCAGUCACUUCUGAGAAUCAUGGGGCCCAAUGGUGGCUGUGGGCAGUUUCACUGGCCUGCAAGUGACUGCUGUAUGCAGGGAACCAGGGGCCACGUGGAUAAGACGGUAUAUGCUUUUUCUGACUCUACUGUGUCUACCUCUAGUACCAGUACAAGGGAACAAAGCCAGUCCCAGAACUACUACACUUCUCAUCAUGAACUGGAGCCUUUGACAGGGCAGGAUCAUCAUCUUCAAAGCCACCAGAUGCCACACUCAAACAAUAACAUCCCUUAUGGAUGCCCGCAGCAUUUAGACCAGCACAAUCACCACCAUCCCAGAAGAAAGGGGGACUACCUGACAGUGAAGAGCAGCAGCACUCCACUCAGCACAUCAGGGAACACCCCAGCCUCUCCGUCUGCUUCAUCCAUUGAUAAGCAUCAGCUGAUACUGACCUUAGAUUCUAUUCCAGCAUCCUAAGACUUUGAAGACUUCUUACUCAAUCUCUAGUGAGACUAAAAGGCAGCAUGACAUGAUGCUCUACUUAGGCCUAUUUCUUGUAUCUGUUUAGAGUUAUGGUAGUAAAUAGUGAAUUGUUACUGACAGUAUUGUUUUAUCUCUGUAACUUUUUUUUUUAAAAUCUCAUAUUCUAGCCUAACAUAAUCUUAGAAGCCUCAAGAUUGAUAUUAUUGUGUAAAUUUAAAUGUUAAGAUCUUUGAGUGUUUGAGCCCUCCAAGCCAGGCUAAUGUACUUACAACUUAUAAUUUGUGAUAUUUGGAGCCACAGGAACUUACAAACAAUGCCAAAUGAUUGGAGCUUUUUUUUUUACCCAGUUGAAAGGACAUUGGGACGGCAAUGUUAACUCUUUCAUAACUUCAUGCCAUCUUCUGUUCAAAGUUCUUUACGUUAUCUACAGUCUUCCUCCUUUCCCUUACACCUGCAGGACACUAUCCUGUUUUGGAAAGACUGAUCCUUUUAAUUCUCUAUACACAUUUUCUAACAAUGAACUAACUAAUGCUAUUGAAUUGUAUUACUGAAAAAACAACAGACACCUAAAUACAAGCACUUGAUGACAAGAUUCUUUUUGACAACAUGAAUGUCAGUGCAUGGGUUUUCAUGUAACAUUGGGUUAAUUUAUGUAUAUUUGUAGGUAUUUGAAUGAUUUUUACUGUUGAUUUAGAAUAAUACUUGCUAGACAUUUAGACAGUUAUAGUAAAUCACUGAAUUACUCUUGUUCUUACAAACACAAUACAUAUAUGCUUAGUACAAUAGAUGCAAAUCCACCAAAUGAAUAUGACACAUAAUUGGCAUAAUCAAUAUGUUUAAUCCAUGUAUGAAUACAUUGACUUCAAUCUACAUGAAUCUUAGAUGACUUAUUACAGUCUUAACUGACCCUCUACAUGGCUCCUAAGUUAAAUCAAUUAAAUCUGGACUGACUCUUGGGUCAAUUUUUUAGUAACUUGUUAACCUCAUUCUUCUUUUGUUUGCACUUCUGUUCAUCUCACAACUAGUGUUCACAUGUUCCUACUUCCAGGCUCUCUGUUCAUCUCACAACUAGUGUUCACAUGUUCCUACUUCCAGGCUCUCUGUUCAUCUCACAACUAGUGUUCACAUGUUCCUACUUCCAGGCUCUCUGUUCAUCUCACAACUAGUGUUCACAUGUUCCUACUUCCAGGCUCUCUGUUCAUCUCACAACUAGUGUUCACAUGUUCCUACUUCCAGGCUCUCUGUUCAUCUCACAACUAGUGUUCACAUGUUCCUACUUCCAGGCUCUCUGUUCACAAAUUCAUAUAAAACAUAAUGAAAUACAAUAAGGUGACUAUUUUACCACUGACACUAGCUUUUGUAUUUGUGGUGCAUAAACCAUAGAUUGCUCCCUGAAUGUAUUAUCCUACUUUUUAAUCUUUAUUAGAUAAGUUCCUUUUAAAAAGGAUGGCAUUGUUUAAAUCUGUCUCAAUAGUCACUUUUGUGUUGUGAAGAAACUUAAUCUUAUCUUAUAUAAUACAGACGUUACUUCAAAAAAGAAGAUGAUUAAGUGCUUUGAUUGUAGUUGUAUAUUUUAAUUAUAGAAUGGAUUUUUUUUUCUUUUAUUGUGGUUGUAUGUUGUGAUCGUUAUGCAAUUUGUUAAAAUAAUGUUUGUUUGUGUAUCAAAUAUUAACAGCAUUAAAAUAAAUGCAAACUAUUCUUCCACUAGUGAAGAAAGUUGACAAGUUGUCUUCCACUACUGAAGAAAGUAGACAAGUUGUCUUCCACUCAGUAUUUACUUCAGCUUUACAUAUUUUUUGUUCUUCCAAUGGACUAUGCUAGGUAGAUUUAUGGAAGCCAGUGAUUUACAUGACAUAUAUAUAUAUUUAUGUAGACUAGAAAUGUAUAUAUAUUACAGUUAUUGUUGCGUUUGUCUUUUUUGCUUUUAAUGAUUAUAUUUUCUAAUACAAAAUUUAUUUUAAAAUUUCCUAUAUAUGAUAUUACAAUUUUGUAUUACCUUUAUUUGCCAUAUACCGGUAUAUUGAUACUGUUUGUGCAUAUAUUUUAUUGAUUCAAUAUUUUUUGAGUUUGAAAUUUGAGGAGGAUAUCUGGCCAGCAUUACACUCAAUGUCACAAAGAGUUCAUUGUAUCUAGUUCAACUUUUUAGAAGGACAUGCUCACAAGUUACAUUUCUGUCUUGUAUUGUUAUCACACAGUGCUUUUUAAACUCACUGUCUUUUCCAUAAAAACAUUUUGUACAAUAUUUAUGUUGUGUUUUUAGUUUUUCAUUGUGCAGUCUUUUUUUUUUUUUUUUUUUAAUUUUGCAUAGUAAUCUCAUUUAAAUCUCUCUCUCUCUUUUUGUAAACAGCCAAUAUAUCUAGUUACAGUAGUCCAAAUUAAUUUUGUAAUACUAUUAUUUAAGAAAUUUCAACCUAUAGUGACUACUUGUUUGUUCAGCUUCAGUGGAAGUAUCAUAAAAGCUUUGUUAAUUUUAAGCUUUUAAUUUGGCGCAAAAACAUUCCAAUUUGUUUGUUCAUUUCUUUGAUUCAAUUUUAUGAAUACUUUUUUGCUCAGUAAUAAAGUAGUUUCCAUUU